AUGAGCUUAAUAGAGAAGUUCUUCAGCAAAAUAGGUAAAUCUCCACCAGCCCGACAUUCAAGAGGAAUUGAUGUAGAGGAGGAAGAAGAAGCAGAUACAGAUGCGAGAAACAUGAUUCCUGCAAACACCACAAAACUUGACACUCCAGCACCAGCAGCAACGGCCACGACAACAAAACCAAUGAACAACGUCAAAACAGCAGCCGCUACAACAGCUGCAAAUUACCAAGAUUCGCCACUCUCGCCGAUGCCGAAAAUCAAUUUCUUCGCGGAUGGAACAAACAGCAACGACUUCUUCUACGACGACGAAUUCUCCAUCCAGUUUGACGCCAACCUCACAAGAAGCGGCAACAGGCAGUCGGAAGAAUUCAACCGGAAUAAGAACGAAAUUUUAAACUUUCGGAGUUUGAAAAUGCCAAAGAGAAUGACGUCAUCAAAGUCGGACGAUUGCCUAUCGAGACAUCACGACUGCGAUGGCGACCAAGUUGCAGAUACCAACAACGACGAAGAUCACGAGUACGACAACUCUGAUACCGACAACGAACUCAUUAGCGAGAUGGAGAGUUCAUCCGACAGCUCAACUUUUCUCAACCGACCUCUCUUCUCCUCUCACAGCGAAUGCCCGGAUGAGUUUACGAUCGAUGAGAUGAAUGGCGCCGGAAAUAAUGACGACGACGAUGACGCCAUAAUCGAAGGUGACGUCAACAGCAGAAAAAGACAUCAAUGUGAUAGAGAUGACGCCGUCGUUCCUUCCGUCGUUAAACGACCUCCAUCCAGCUACAUCAAACGAAAUUACAAGAUCUCCUUUGAUAGGGGCUCACCAAAAAUUUGGUCGAGUGGCGACGAGAGCGGGCCCUGUUGGAACCACUACAACGUCAUCAACGACGUCCACUACAACAACAACAACAACAACAACAACAACUCAAAUAGCAAAUACUCCAUUAACCGGAAUAACGGCAACAACAACGCAAACAAACCUUCACCUGAAACAAGGAGUCAUAGGAGAAAAAUAAAAACAAACCUCCACCACCACCACAACAACAACAACAACAACAACAGCAAAAAUGCUAACAUUUACAAUAGCAACAACAACAACAACAACAACAAUAAAAAUGGCAUCGAAUGCAGAGAUGCUGAAACUAAACAAGUAACAUGGAGUUCCAUCAGAAAUCCACAACAACAACAGCAGCAGCAGGUAAAAAGUUCUAGUUACAGAACAACGUGGAAGACUAUACAGAAGUCAAACAGCGUUAAAAAUUUAUCUACUACAGAAAUAAAUUUUGCGACAUCAACAACUCCAUCAAAAACCUCUGAAAAAAUUGUCGUUGCUACAACGCCGGAACCACCACCACCAACAACAACAACAACGUCAAGAAAGACGAACGCAACAACGUCUGAUGAUGAUAAAGGUGUUGAUGGUUAUAGAAACAAGCAGGACAACCGACAGGAACCUGACAUAGAUAAUCUCAAACGAACGACUUCUAAAGUUGAACUAUUUAAAAUAUUUCAGGAUAAGAAGCUGAAAGAAACAGAAUGCGAACACGCGCAAAAAAUGGUUGAUAAUGUUUUCGACAACGACACAGUGUACUGCAGCGACAACAACGUAUUCAACUAUCUGAACAACAACAACAACAUUCAAAAUAACUUUCAUUCUCAAACGACACCCAAAAAGAUGAACGUUCAGAGCAGAAAGCACAACAAGCGUUCGAACUCGACAGAAUGUAACUGCAUACAUUACCAUGAUGAUGACGGUGAUGACCAACUAAACAACAACAACAGCAACAGUAAUAACAGAUCAACACUGACCAGUGCAUCCACUGAUUCCAGCGUCCAGACCUCACUUCUCUUCAACAUCCCCAAACAAACCUGCAACAAAUCGCUGCAAACAUCGCUGACAAGCAGUAGCGACACAACAACUCCACACACAGCAACCACCACCGCCACCACAACAACGACAAUGUCCACAAUCGCAACAACAUCGCCACAACUGACAUCUACAACGACGCCAUCUUCAUUGAAAACUGCAACAACGAAUGCAUACAAGUCAGAUCCGCCCAGCAAAGACAUCGUAACUUCUAGCUCAUACUUAUUCUCAAAACCUCUUCCAGAUCUGAGUUUCCUCAACAACAAGCAGCCAGUGAAGUUUUCUGAAGGUGUUAACAGCAAAUCGUUGAAGAUAGCAAAAGAAUCAUCAGCUGCUCAAAUGAAGAAAUCCAACAACAACAACAGCAGCAGCAGCAACAACAACAGUUGCAGUCCAAAGCACGGUAAGUGCAGUCCCCACAAAUCCCCGCAAAUCAGUAGAAACAACAAUCCUGAAAACAAUCCUGAAAAUAAUAAAAUCAACGACAUCCAUGACAUUAUAUCAUCAUCAACAACGACAGCCACAACUACAAAAACGACAACCACAACGACGACUAAAACAACAAAAAGUUAUGAAUGUUAUUCAUUCAAUAGUUCGACGUCGUCUGGGAUCGAAGCCGGGAACACUGACUCAUCAACGAGACAGUCCAGUUCAGGAAGCUCUAAGGAUGAAAGUUCAGCCUCUGAUUAUUACGCCGGUGGUACGGCGUAUGAUAAGACGGCAUCGGCUGCAGUUGCGGUGAACAGCGAUCAAAAAAAUAGCGUCGGUGUUGGCGAAAUUGUGGCUGUAAGUAGUUCAAAAAGUUUGUCGUUGAAUAAAGUUAACUCAAACCGAGGUACCAGUUUGCAAUCUCUGGAUACAUUCUCUUCCUCCUCUUCCUCUCCUUCCUCGUCACCACCGAAACCUCCACGACUUCUGAAGACAACAUCCAAGUUUUCGCUGACUGAUGGUGAGAAAGAUUUGAAGAGAUUUGACCCUGCGAACCCUGCGAACGCUGUAGCCCAGCAGACGUCCACAUCAACAUCAGUCACUCCACCAGCAACAACAUUCGCAAAGUUAUCCAGCAGCAAAAAAAAUCAAAGUUCAUCGUCAAAAAAUAACCUGCAAGCAAAAAAGUUGUCACUGAAAAUAGAAACCAACAACAGCAGCAGCAACAGCGCACCUAACAACAGUUCAGUAAACAACAGCAACAACAACAACAAAACAAACAAUACAAGAAAUACAUUGAGAAAUAACAUUAACACUCCAACCGCAACUACAACCUCUACCACAAAACCGGGCAAAUCAAUUUUAGUCAAAAAUCGAAGUACAGACGGCAGACGAUCGUGGUCAACAAAUUUCAACAGCGCCAAACAGCAGCAACAGCAGCAGCAACAACAACAACAGCCACUCAUUAAGAAAAGACCAUUGUCCGUGCCGGAUGGUAGCUUGCUAGAACUUGCGGUCACAGAUCUACAAAAACACCAACAACCUCAGCAAAAUCAUCAACAACAACAACAACAACAAACUCAACAACAACAGCAAGAACAACUUGCCGACUCUCAUCUGCAAGGCCUCAAACCAAACGAAAAUUGCAAAAUGAACGACGGUGAUGACGACGACGACGAUGUGGUGAGUGACAUGAUGAUGGUGAUCACAUCGACGACAACGGAACAGGAUUGCGACAGAUUCAGAGCAAAGAAGAGUGUCAGCUUCUCAGAAAAAAUCUCCUACCAUCACCCAACUCCCACUCCUUCCUCGCCUAGUCCCAACGAAUCACCCAAAUCUCCGCUCACCAUUUCACCCGCUAACACCCUUCUGUCGCCAUCAUCAUCAUCAUCACCACUAAAUCAUCAGGUAUCAUCAUCAUCACUGGAAAAUUCAUCAUCAGCAGCAGCAGGAGUGGCAGCGGCAGUAGCAACAGCCGAAUCGCCUGAAAUCGUUAUUGAAGAUUUAGAGUCAGGUGGGUUUUUUAUAAGAUUAGAUUAUCACAGCUAG